UAUAUAAAAAGAUUGACUACAACUGCACAUUUAGCGAUACAGUUAAUAAAUGGCUGAAUAAGUUCACUUGUUCAUUUCAAUGACCCGUUUAUUUGAAGUGUAUCAGAACGAAGCGUUACAACUCUAGCGCUUAUCAAUUCUGAUAGUUAGUCGAACUUUGAACGCCCGUUGCGGCCGCUGCUCGAAUAAUGUAAAAAUAUUGCUAAAUUGUAAGCAACAUGGACUUUCGUAACGCCCGCGCCCGACAGCCUGAAAUCGUGCGUUCCGUGCAAAAGGAUGCACGAUACACGAAUGAAUUGGCGGAGGAUCUGUCGGAUAUCCUGCGGAUAACGGGUCCAAGGAACUGGAUUAAGUAUAAUCAGCUAUGUCAGCUGUUGGCACAGCUCAGUUAUCAUGGAUUUGCCUCGCUAAACAAUCUGCAAACACUGGGCGAGGAAUACACAGGGAUUAUUCAAGUGGAUGGAAACUACAAACACAUUCCCAGUCGAUUGCUCCAAUUGAUUGCAAUUAUACUCGAGUUCGGUGGAGAUGCAUUGUUUCUACGCGUGCUGCAGAAACUGGAGCUCCACAUAGCAGAGCACGAGCAGAUUGUUCCCGAGGCUAAGAAACAGCUGCAAAAGAUUAUCCAACGCCUGCGGCAAUCGCCCAGUUAUGUGAAGGCACUGCACAAAUCUCUAUUUUAUUUGGAUGCCAGUAAAUAUCAGUUGUCCAAGCGAACAACAGGCAUCAACUAUGUGCUCAUCCGACACUGGUUGCAACCAGAAUUCUCAUUGUAUGGCUACAAAAUUCUGGGCAUCAUCACAUUCCUGCAAGUCACCGUCUCCUUGGCCAUUGGUGGCUGGGAGGCAUGGAAGGAGCACAAGCGUCAGCAACUGGAGGCCAUCAAGGAAGCAGGCAAACGUUUCCUGCAACGUGAAACGAGUGUCAAGUCCGUGUCCGUGUCCAAUGAUGUGCCACAAUGUAUACUCUGCCUGGAGCCGCGUCAGAACAACAGUCUGACACCGUGUGGUCAUCUCUUCUGCUGGAGCUGCAUACUGGAGUGGUUAGAGGAGCGCGACGAGUGUCCGCUCUGUCGGGAAUCGCUGAAAAAGUCGCAGGUUAUACAGCUGCAGAAUUAUGCAUAAGUCCAGGCAUUUAUUAUACAUUUUAUAUAGUAUUUAUUGAAGAAGUGAUGUACAUGCUUAUUAACAAUAAUUAUUAGCUUUGUUAUUAGCCAAGUCUAAGUCUAACUUAACAAA